CUGCCGCGAGCGGCCGGCCGAGCGGCUGGAAAUGAAAGUGCAGCGCUCCGGAGCCACAUGGACCGAGCUGCCGGGGCGGCGGCGCCGGGAGCAGGAUGCGGCCGCCCGUAAUUAAAUAGCACUUACUCUUAUUAUUACUAAUAAUAAUAACCUAAUCAUACCUCUAGUCAUAGCAUACCAUUUAUCGGGCUCGGCUCAGGCCCGCGAGGAGCGCAGCCCGGCCGAGUGGUUCCAUGAGGAGUGGAUGUUAUUAAUCUCCAUCUCACAAUUGAAGAAACUGAGAAAUACAGGAUUUAUGUGACUGGCCCAAGAUCACCCACUGGAUUUCAACCCAGACCUAGACUGAUGGAGAGGCAGAGACGGAAGGCGGACAUCGAGAAGGGGCUGCAGUUCAUUCAGUCGACACUACCCCUAAAGCAAGAAGAAUAUGAGGCCUUUCUGCUCAAGUUGGUGCAGAACCUGUUCGCCGAGGGCAAUGACCUGUUCCGGGAGAAGGACUACAAGCAGGCCCUGGUGCAGUACAUGGAGGGGCUGAAUGUGGCCGACUACGCCGCCUCCGACCAGGUGGCCCUGCCCCGGGAACUGCUGUGCAAGCUGCAUGUCAACAGGGCCGCCUGCUACUUCACCAUGGGCCUGUAUGAGAAGGCGCUGGAGGACAGCGAGAAGGCGCUGGGCCUGGACAGUGAGAACAUCCGGGCGCUGUUCCGCAAGGCGCGCGCCCUCAACGAGCUGGGACGCCACAAGGAGGCCUAUGAGUGCAGCAGCCGCUGCUCACUCGCCCUGCCCCACGAUGAGAGUGUAACUCAGCUUGGUCAGGAGCUGGCUCAGAAGCUUGGUCUGCGAGUUCGGAAGGCGUAUAAGAGGCCCCAGGAAUUGGAAACCUUUUCUCUGCUCAGUAACGGCACUGCAGCUGGUGUGGCAGAUCAGGGAACUUCCAAUGGAUUGGGGUCCAUAGAUGACAUCGAAACAGACUGCUACGUGGAUCUGCGAGUCUCCCCAGCCCUCCUCCCCUCUACCCCUACGAUGCCUCUGUUCCCUCAUGUUCUGGACCUGCUGGCCCCCCUGGACAGCAGCAGCAGGGCCCUCCCCAGCACUGAGGGCCUGGAUGACUUCUCCGAUGGGGACGUCUUUGGUCCUGAGCUGGACACUCUUCUGGACUCACUGUCUCUGGUCCAGGGUGGCCUGCCUGGCAGUGGUGUGCCCAGCGAGUUGCCCCAGCUGAUACCUGUGUUCCCUGGUGGGACCCCGCUGCUGCCACCUGUGGUGGGUGGGUCUAUCCCUGUCUCCAGCCCCCUGCCCCCUGCCUCCUUUGGCCUCGUUAUGGACUCCUCCAAGAAGCUGGCUGCCUCCGUGCUGGACGCCCUUGACACCCCAGGCUCCGCACUGGACUCCCUGGACCUGCUGCCGUACUCAGAGACCCGGCUGGACGCCUUGGACAGCUUCGGGUCAACCCGGGGCUCCCUGGACAAGCCCAGCCCCUUCAUGGAGGACACCAACUCACAGGACCAUCGUCCCUCAAGUGGUACUCAGAAACCAGCCCCCUCGCCAGAGCCCUCCAUGCCCAACACUGCCUUGCUCAUCAAGAACCCCCUGGCUGCCACCCAUGAGUUCAAGCAGGCCUGCCAACUCUGCUACCCCAAAACAGGCCCCAGGGCAGGUGACUACACCUACCGCGAGGGCCUUGAGCAUAAGUGCAAGCGGGACAUCCUGCUCGGCCGGCUCCGGAGCUCCGAGGACCAGACCUGGAAGCGGAUCCGGCCCCGGCCCACCAAGACCAGCUUCGUGGGCUCCUACUACCUGUGCAAAGACAUGAUUAACAAGCAGGACUGUAAGUACGGGGAUAACUGCACCUUCGCCUACCAUCAGGAGGAGAUCGACGUGUGGACUGAGGAGCGGAAGGGCACCCUCAACCGCGACCUGCUCUUUGACCCACUGGGGGGCGUCAAGCGCGGCAGCCUCACCAUCGCCAAGCUCCUUAAGGAGCACCAGGGCAUCUUCACUUUCCUCUGCGAGAUCUGCUUUGACAGUAAACCCCGGAUCAUCAGCAAAGGCACCAAGGACUCUCCAUCUGUCUGCUCCAACCUGGCUGCCAAGCACAGCUUCUAUAACAACAAGUGCCUGGUGCACAUCGUCCGCUCCACCUCCCUCAAGUACUCCAAGAUCCGCCAGUUCCAGGAGCACUUCCAGUUCGACGUGUGCCGCCACGAGGUGCGCUACGGCUGCCUGCGGGAAGACAGCUGCCACUUCGCCCACAGCUUCAUCGAGCUCAAAGUCUGGCUGCUGCAGCAGUAUUCAGGCAUGACCCAUGAAGACAUUGUCCAGGAAUCCAAGAAAUACUGGCAGCAGAUGGAGGCCCACGCGGGGAAGGCCAGCAGCAGCUUGGGUGCCCCGCGGACACAUGGGCCCAGCACCUUUGACCUACAGAUGAAGUUCGUGUGCGGCCAGUGCUGGAGGAAUGGGCAGGUGGUGGAGCCUGACAAAGACCUCAAGUACUGUAGUGCCAAGGCCCAGCACUGCUGGACCAAGGAGCGGCGGGUCCUUCUGGUGAUGUCCAAGGCCAAGAGGAAAUGGGUGUCAGUGAGGCCACUGCCGUCCAUCCGCAACUUCCCACAGCAAUACGAUCUCUGCAUCCACGCGCAGAAUGGCCGCAAGUGCCAGUACGUGGGGAACUGCUCCUUCGCACACAGCCCGGAGGAGAGGGACAUGUGGACGUUCAUGAAGGAGAACAAGAUCCUGGACAUGCAGCAGACCUACGACAUGUGGGUGAAGAAACACAACCCCGGGAAGCCGGGGGAAGGGACCCCAAUCAGUUCCCGGGAAGGGGAGAAGCAGAUCCAGAUGCCCACGGACUACGCUGACAUCAUGAUGGGCUACCACUGCUGGCUCUGCGGCAAGAACAGCAACAGCAAGAAGCAGUGGCAGCAGCACAUCCAGUCCGAGAAGCACAAGGAGAAGGUCUUCACGUCCGACAGCGACGCCAACGGCUGGGCCUACCGCUUCCCCAUGGGCGAGUUCCGGCUCUGCGACAGGCUCCAGAAGGGCAAGGCCUGCCCGGACGGGGACAAGUGCCGCUGCGCUCAUGGACAGGAGGAGCUCAACGAGUGGUUGGACCGGCGUGAGGUGCUGAAGCAGAAGCUGGCCAAGGCCCGCAAGGACAUGCUUCUGUGUCCACGGGAUGACGACUUUGGCAAAUACAACUUCCUGCUGCAAGAGGAUGGCAACGCUGCUGGUGCCGCCCCAGAAGCCCCUGCUGCUGCCACCGGGGAGUAGAGCCAGGUCUUGGCCGUGGGUGAAGUCCUAGGGUCAGGGGUGGGGAUAGGGACAAAGGGCCUGGUAGAAGGGCCAGGACAGGGGGUGGGGGGCCGCCCUCACCAGGCAGCCCCUGGCCCUGGAGGCCCCACCCAUCUCAUCUGCCCCCACCACCAUGUGCAAGCCCGGGUUCCCAUGCUGCGGCCUCAAGCGGUCCCAGGGUCUUCAUCCUGCUAAAACCCUGGGCAGGCCCUCCCCCAUCCCCAGUGCUCCUGGUUGGACCCCUCUAGCUUAAGCUACAGCUUUAACUUCUCUCUUUUCCUAAAGGGGGCCCGAAGCUCAGGGCUGAAAAGCCUGGGGUCCCCACUUGAAUCAAUAGCAGGGGGGUCCUCUCUGCCCUACCUUCAUUCCACCCCCACCUUCCUGGGACAGAUCAGGACACAACAGAAGACAGGAAAUCCCAAUUAGCUUUAAAAUGUAGCCCCAGAAUGGAGCUGGGACACUGUAUUGGUCACCUACCCUCUGGGGUCAGUUUUCCCUCUGGUUGGGGGGUGGGGGGCUGGGCUAGUUGAUCUCUGGAGUCUGGCUCUCAAGUGAGGCCAGCAGCCCAGCCCCUCUCAUUCUUGAGCCACUGAAUGUAGAUCAUAGAUGCUCAGAGCUCUGGCGAUGACCCAGCCCAAACCCCCACUUUGCAGAUAGGAAAUUUGAGGCCUAAAGGGGAUGAGUGAUCUGCUCAGAGUCUCCAUCCCAUGGCAUGAGGUAGAACUGGGGUGCAAACUCUGGUCAGAAGACCCAGGGCCUGUCAUUAGCUGCAGCUUCCAGGCUUUUGGCAGGCAUGUGACAGCCUCUGAAUCAGUGUGCAGCUGGGAUCCCAGGCAGUGCUGCCCAAGGACCGGGGAACGAGGUUCUGAGGGUUGGUCAUGUCAGCACAGAGGAGGGGAAGGCCUCUCCUGAGGAUGGUUGUGAGGAGUGUAGCAGCCAAGGUUACUUCCCCACACUGCUCAGGGACAGGUAGUAGGGAGAGGUGAGAAUGGGCAGGGCACCUAUGAGCUCAGGUUCUGCAUGAGGUACUGGGGUGAGGGAGAUGUGGAGAGAAGGGAGACAUGACCCUGGGUACCAUGGGCCAUUGUAGGACCAGACACAGCCCCUCUUUCUUGGGGACCCAGCAUGGUCCUUUCCCCUUCUCCCCUAGACCCAGAAAUACAAUUAUGACUGUCUGUCCUGGCCCCUCCCUGCUCCCUGGCCCUGCCAGCUGCCUAGGACCCCAGCUGACACCUAGCCCCUGCCCCCACCCACCAAGCCCCUCUCCUGUUCCCAUUCAUCUAGUCUGUCUAUGUACACCCUCUCCUCUCCAUCCACCCCCUGUAGGCAGACCCAACCUCCCCUGGUUCCCUAGACAUUCCAGAAAGCCCCACAUCAUUGGCACAAAAAGUGGGGCCCUCCCCCAGAAGGAACCAGGGACCAAGGCUGGAGUCAGGGGUAAGACGGAGAGUAUAGAAUACCCCUUAUUUCUCCUCAAGCAAGGAUUGAUAGUGUGUGGUGAUAGGAUGAUGGGCAUCCUGGGCUGCAAAGAACCCUGUUCUUGCUGCCACUGCCCAACCUUUCCCCAGUAAUUGUGGCAUGCAUCCCUUCCUCCCCUGUCCCUGCCCCCAGCAGGCCAGCACUACAGGGUUUGGGUGCUGGUGGCGUGGCUGGAGGGGAGGAAAGACCACACCCAAUGUGGGGGCCGUGGCCAUGAAUGUCAAUGACACUUGUUUUCCCUGAUCCGUGGUGUUGCAGUCUGUUGUCACCAGCCUUGUUUUUAGUGUGUAUAUAUGUCGCCCCCGUGAUGCAUAUAUACACAGGUAUUAAAUAUAUCACUCUAUAUAAUAUUAUAUAUGUGUGUGGUAUCCAACGAAUCACUUCUAUUGAGGGCUAAAGAUAAAGAAUUUGGCCAGAAAAUGCAGCCAACCUGAAGUAAUUUGGAGAGGUUUCCAGGGUCGUCAGACCUUUUUCGAGGAGUCAGGGACUAGAGCCAUGGUCAGAGGUGACUGGGGCAGCAGGGGCAGAAGUGGCUUUGCCUGGGCCCAGCUCUGCCUGGCAGCUUGCAGACCGCCCCUCGUGGGAGAGAGGGAGUGCUCAAGAACAGAAAAGGAUCGGUGUUUCUCUCUCACCUGAGGGAAUAGGGUUAGAGUCCAGAUUUUUUUUCUUCAACCUUUUAUCCAACCAGGGGCCCUUGGGAUCUGGGCCUUCCUGGCCUGGCCACAGCGGGAUCCCCUAGUGGGAGGCAGGAAGAGGGGUUGAGGGGAGGGAAACAGGAGUACACUUUGAAUGAUGAGGGUGAUUAUUUCAGUUGUGACUCUGACUGGGAGGCUCAGAGUGUUGAACUAAGGGCCAAUGUCCAUCACCACCAGGCAGGGACAAGACAGCAUGGAGAACAUGGUGAUGAGGGCAGGCGCUCUUGAUGUGAGUGUCCCUUUGGGGUAGGGCAAAGAGGGCUGCUGCGUUUCUCGGCUGGGCAGUAAUCAAUUGAAUGGUCCUUUUAAAAUGUGUAUUAAAAUUUAAGAAUACCACACUUUAAUAUUAAAUAUUCAUAAGGUCUAGUAUCUUGAUAAUA